AUGUCUUCCUGGGACCGGUUGAUCAGAUUCGAAGAUGGCACCGGCACCGAGCAAUUUGGGGAGCCGAUCCUCAACGCCUCAGAAGACCUUGUGCUUGAUGAGCUUGCCGCAAGCGGUAAACUAGAAGCCAAGAGGCUGUCUGGCAAGGAUAUUUUCUCCCUUUCACCUUCGAACGAUGUGGUAAAGGUCAAAACUAUACUCCCUUUGCUCUCUCCGGCACAAGUCCCGAUCGUGAAAUGUGUCGGCCUCAAUUAUAUGAAACACAUCAAAGAAGGAGGACGCAACCCCCCGCCAUAUCCCUCCAUUUUCAUCAAGCCCAGUGCGGCAGUCGCCGCAUACAACGAGGACAUCCCAAUUCCCAAGUUGGCGCAAGAUGAACAACUUGACUACGAAGGCGAGCUUAGUAUCGUGAUCGGCAAGACUGGGAAAGAUAUUCCCAAAGACCAGGCUCUCAGCUUCAUUGCCGGGUUUGUCGUCUCUAACGAUGUCUCUGCUAGAAAGUGGCAACGCGAUCCCGCAUAUGCGGGAGGAGUACCCCAAUGGUGUUUUAGCAAGGGAUUUGAUAAAUUUGCUCCCCUGGGUCCCAUGCUUGUGUCGCCCAAAGUGGUUGGAAAUGCAGGAGACCUUCAGCUCCAGACCUUUGUGAACGGGGAGCUUCGUCAGGACACGAGUACGAGUGAUUUGUUGUUCAACACGGAAGCCAUCGUGUCCUUUAUUAGCCAGGGUACCACUUUGGAGGCUGGAACUUUAAUCAUGACGGGCACACCUGCUGGCGUUGCCAUGGGUAUGAAAGAACCGUUGUGGCUGAAGAAUGGCGAUGUCGUCGAGGUGAAAAUCGGGUCACUGGGGAGUGUUAAGAACACGAUGGCCUUCGAGUAA